UAACCGUGAAAGAACAUUUUAUCAGUUUCAAACGUGUAUGACAAUUUAUUGUUAGAAAUGUAUUUAAUAAUUUUGUUUAUUUUCAUUUUUUCUCUUCAACUCGAAGAUACGCAAAUAUUAGCACAACAACCGUCUGCUUAUUGUUUUAAAUUUACAUGGUUGGGACCAAUGAUUGAUGAAAAUUCCAAAAAAGUUAAUUGCACAAAAGAUCAUAAGAAUAAUCCAUGUUUUCAACCGUUUAUUACAACACCAACUCCACCAAAUACAGAAGAAUUAUGGAUAGAGGAUCAACAUAAAUAUAGUUGCACUUUGAGUCCCGGUUAUGUGUGUAUAAAACAUACAUAUUCUUACAAUAAUGCUGUUAUCAAUAGUACGCACUUUUGUGGGAAAAUGAUAGAAGAUAAAACAUCCGCAGUGACAUCAAAAUGUUUUUCACAAAAGAUAGAUGGUCACACAAUUGAAUCAUGUGCAUGUGUAUCAGAUCAAGGAAUGCCUCCAUGUAAUUCUGCAAAAGUUCAUCAAUAUUCCUAUAUAAUUUUUCUUAUAUUGUUAUUGAUACAAAUUAUUUAAAUUAUUUUUAUAUUUAAUGUUAAUAAUAUUACUAUUAUAAUUAUUA